AUGUUUUGCGGUGUCAGUGUCGUUUCCUUGAUCUCCGUUCAAUACGUGAUUCUCAUGCCCCUCCCCCGCUCCUGCGUUGAGACUGACAAGAACAAUCGCCAUGAGAAGAAGCGCAUUACGUUUAAAGAACUGGAGCAAAUGCACACCAUGUUCAAAACGACGCUGAGAGUCGGCGAUUUCGAUGCGAUCCAUGGCAGCACUGGCGCAGGGUGCCGCCUUGGCUCGCGAUGCCGGCGCAAUGCAGAUGUCAUAUGUGUGAAGGGGUCGACAUAUGCCAAAUUUGUUUCUCAGAACAAAGCUGGGUACAGUUGGGCCGACACCGAUAGAAGCGGACGUCCCGUGCACCUGGACGUAUCAACGGGAGCCGAGGUCGUCCGCUUGAGCCGAGAAGCCGCA